CGGUUUAUGCAAAUGAGCUGAGGGGUGAAGAGGGUUUUACUACAGGAAGGUUGGAGUGACGGGUCAGAACAACAGAAGGAAAAGAGCAUCAGAGGCGCACAGUCUUCGCUCUGGAUAUUACUGAACACAAAACCGCUCGGAUGUGCAAUAUGACUUUUGAAGAAACCGGUGGAGAUACUUCUUCAGAAAGGCAAGUUUAUGAAUAUUAUAAUUUGGCUUUUAAUCGCCUUAAUGUUAGGCUACUGUUUUCCUUUUCUUUUUUUUGUUUUACGUUAAACAGCAGACACCGCGUUUAAGAUGCGUGACAAUGGAACUAUUGCAAAUGCCAAACCCUGGACUAAUCGAUUUCUUUAUAUUGGUGUCAAACCCGUGUGCAAAGUCAUACUUAAUGCUCAUAUUGUUGCCUAUUAGUUUGCACACGUUGCAUUGUAUAUCGGUCUUGCAACGUUACAUCAUUUGCUUUCAACAAUGCAGCUUUUUUUACGUGAGCACGAGAAAUACCAGUCAGCUUUCAUGAUGGCAUUGUUUUGGUUGUUUUGCUGGAUGAGGUUUCAACAAAUGUGCUUCAUUUUUCACCUCUUAGGAUGGAAUCGGUGGCGAAAGCUCUAGAGGAGGUCCUGAGCUCUGCAUUGCCUCAAGGUUGCAUCACAGUUGGUGUGUAUGAGGCAGCAAAGUCUCUAAAUGCGUAAGUUGAUACUUAUCCACUGUACCAUGAGUUAGCUCCACUAAUCCAACAGUAAACAAGAGCUAUUUUUCUAAAAAGUUAUUCUUGCUGUUUCCAACAGGGACCCAGACAAUGUAGUGUUGUGCCUGCUGGCCACAGAUGAUGAAGAGGAUGUUGCUCUACAGAUUCACUUCACUUUGAUUCAGGCUUUCUGCUGUGAGAACGACAUCAACAUCCUGCGAGUGAGCAAUAUGAGGCGUUUGUCGGAAAUACUGGGAGGAGGGAAACCUGGAGGAGAGCCCAUGGAUUUACACUGUGUUCUAGUUACGGUAUGUCUAAUUAGUCAUGACUGCUUAUGCUUGCACUGUCGUGCAUUGCUCACUUCCCCGCAGACUGUCAGGGGAGUUGUUUUGCCCACAUUGAAGGAGUUUAUCAUGAAGGCCAUUGUGUAUACUUGCAAGAGACUUUUGCAAAGACUUAUGUAAUGUAACAGUUCAGGCUUGUUUGCACUUUUCAGAGAGCAGUAGAUAGUAACAGCUUUGUCCCUUUUCUCUCUCCAGAGUCCUCAGUCGUCCCCGUGGAAGGACCCUGCCCUGAGCAAAGUGAACAGAUUCUGCAGGGAUAGCCGCUGUCUGGAUCAGUGGGUGCCGGUGAUCAACCUGCCCGACCGAUGAAACUGCUUGGAAUAUUAAUGUUUUGUGUGCAUAUGGAAAAAAAGUUAUUGCACAAGGCGUGUGUUCAUGUCUGUGUUGGACUUCUCGGGAAAGUGCCCCUGAGAGCGAAGGAGAUGGGAGGGGCAGAAAAAAAAAGAACACAAGGAAGCUCCAACAUUUUACCAGGUCAGGGUGAACUCGUGGCCCAAAGGAGGAGUGACUCAGCAGUCUGAGUUCCAGGAUUUCCAGCGUAAGACUGCCUUUCUCUGCCAAGAAAGAAGCUUUUACAGGAAACUGAAUCAUGUGAGCAGACAGGCAGUGAGCACGAGUACAGGACUUGGGGGGGGCACACAGAGAGCCUACAGAUGACAAGAUUCCAAGAACUGGACCUCACUGGAACGGGCCAGUCAGUGCUCUCAGCUUGAAAAAUUCCUCAUGAAAUUAGACCAAAUCUGUGCAUUUCUGUACCAGCACAUUUAUUUAAUAGUAUUUAAGACUUGUCACUUUGAUAGCUCAAAAGGGAUUAUUCUUUUCACAGUUUAUUAUUAAUAUUAUUAUUGUUUAAAAGGACAGGUCGGUUCAGACUUGUCCAUUAACUGAUGUUUUUAUGUGUUCUUAAUUUAAUGACUUAUAUUUAUUGUGCAUAGUUCAUGGAAUUCUGCCUUGUUAAGUUGAAUGAAAUAAAAAAAAGACAAGGAACAGCUCCUAGAGUUA